AUGGCCGACAGCCUCCACGAGGCCGCCAGCUCGGCCUCGCGGGACCCCAGCUUUGGCGGCUCGACUGCCGGCUCUCUGUCUCCGUCGCCGUCUGCUCCAAGACACUCCAGCGAGACACCAUCUCCAUCUACAACAGGACCAACAGCAACAUCAGCAGCACGCCUUCAGCCCAAUGCUCGGGCCUCGUCCGAUGGCGCCUCCCCUCGCCAGCUACAGGGCCACCACGACCACGGCCCCGACAGUGGCCACCUCACGCCUGUAUCCUCCUCCUCAUCUCGGCACAACUACGAACCGUCCCCUUCACCCUCGAGCUCGAAAUCGUACACAAACUCGAUACAGCCGACCAACCUGCCCGCAAACUCACCCGUAAAUACAAGCGCGGCCCGCACAGCAAGCCACCGUACCUCCCACCGACAUAACCGAUCCAGCGGCGCUUUCUUGCUGGCCGAUCCCCUCUCGAGCAAAGGCCACGCAUCCAUCAGCCACGGCAAGCCGACAUUGACUCAUACGCGGUCCUCGCAGCGUGAAUCAACGGUUGGCUCUCAUACGGACCGGACCAGCGUCGGUCGUGCUGCUGGUGCCGGCUUGCGCGCUGCUGUCGCAGCCGAAACGCCAGAAAAGAAUACAAAGAAUACACCCACCUUGACUUCAAAUACCGACAUCAACACGCCGGACAGCGUCCACAGCAAUGGCUCGUCGAGACAGAGCCACGAUACGUCGACAUCCGGCACGGCGCGAGCGCAGACGCCAGAGAGUGCGGCUGCAGCCGCCCCGCCUGCCGCACCUGCUGUACCUGCUGUACAGGCCCAGCACAGCACCCAACUCGGCACGCAGCCUCUCGACCUCGACUCGGCCCAGAUCGUCAACAUGGCCCUCAACCUCAGCGAGUCGCGCCGUCGUGCUGCUCGUCGUACCGUCUCGCAGCAGCUGCCGCCGCGCCUCUCACCGCUCCCGGAUAACGCCGUCGGUGGCAGCCUGUUGCGCCAGCUGCAGCAGCAGCGCAGAAUCUCCCGCACCAUGUCGCCCAAGCCCGAUCGAGCUGGCGGCGGCCGCGUGUCCUCGUCUGGCCAGUUUCCCAGCGGACAGCAUCCACACGGAAGCACCAGCACCGGCAGCCCUUUGCAGCCCCCGUUUGAACUGCUGCCUGACGGCACGCCCGGUGGCCAGGGGCCGUACCGCUAUCACUUUUCGCAGUCAACAUUAGCCCGCGCUCAAAAGGCAAAGGACCAUCUCGAGCUCUUGGCCCAGCACAGGCGGUUGCUUGAACUCAUUCCACCCCUUACUCCGGACGCCACGUCCCGCAGCCGCGCCACGAGCCUCGGCUCGCCCCCGACCACGUCCGCAAUCCCCGGCCAACCCCAGCCGCUCUUCAUGACGGGAACCAACAGCAACGGUGACCUUGUUCUGAGCUCUACCCGCCUUGGCCGGCCCUACAACCCCCUACAGUACAUCCGAAACCGCAAAGUGCGUGUCCGUGAGCGUAGGACCAUCGACGGCCAGGCCCAAGGGUUUGGUGACGUGAUUAGGACUACCGACUGGAUCGACGACGUGGCCAAAUGGACCGCUACUGGCCAAGGCCGCAUGCUCGGCGGCUACACACUGCCCGCCUUUCAUACUGCCGACGCCGGUGCCGCGCUUCAAAGUUCGCCGCCGUCGAUCUCACGUACCGCCGGCCAGACUGCGCCGGCCAAGCCCAAGCGGCCCCGUAUCGAUUGGAUUAUCGACCCGGCCGAUAUGAUUGCCGACGUCUACUGGCUGGAGCAGGGCGACAACAUGAAGCUCGUCGAAGACCACCACUGGCGGCGCGUGUUCCCGCAGGACUCGGCGCUGUACCGCCCCAUUUCUCAGAGAGGAGAUGAUGGCAUGGUUGGUGCCGUGGCGGGAGCUGAUCAAUCCGACUCUACCGGCCCCGCAACCUUUUCGAUGCCGACCGCCGAUGUUGGUAUUGCUGGCGCGAGCUCGAGGCCGUUGUAUGCUCUCCCUGUGGGGGGCCAGCUCAAAGCGGCCGGGCACUUGCCCGAGCCCGAGCAAUUGUCGGCUAGCUCCGCCCGGAAGCGUGCGCGGCAGAAACUCAGCGAGCUGCGGUCAUUUCACCACCGCCACAACAGCUCCGCCCACAGCCACGAUGCCCAGCGUCUUCGUCGGGGUUCGUUCUCCGACACAUCCGAUUCUGACAAUGACAGGAGGCGGUUCCGUCGUGCCCGGCCAGAUUCCAGCACGGCCAAUGAUGUCGAGGUGCUCAACAGGACCAUGAUGGACAAAAUGGCCAAGGAGAAUGGUGAGACGGAGGAGAAUGCGGCUACCGCCACCUCUGCUGCCGCCUCCAAGGAACAGAAACUUGCAAACGGACCUCCCACCGUAUCUACAAGCAACACACCGUCAAGUGCUAAACGAGCACAGCCCGACUCGGCAUCGCCAGCUCAACGUCCGACAAGUACAACGGCGGCGGCGUCUGUUGAUUCUCCUUCGAAACAGGGCCGCGCUAGCCUUGAGAUUCCGUCGGUGGGUCGUCGUCUGUCUCUGGACUACGACUCAUCACGGCCCACGUCGCCAGAACUGCGGCCCUUUUCCAAAGAUGGCCUCGGAUUUGUGCCUCCCCUUGGCGGUGAUCUCUCACCGCCAUCCAGCCGAGCUGCAUCGCCACCGCGCCACCGUACUUUAGGCAAGGUCAAAAGCAUGUUCCAUGACCACAGCCGGGAUCGAGAACGGGAACGGGACCGUGCACACAACAUUAUGCUUGACCGCGGGGAUGAUUCCUGGGAGCCUAGUGCACGGUCAAGCGCGCCAGCACAGCAUCUACAGCAACAACAAACGCAACAGACGCAACAGCAAGUGCAGGAGGCGCAGCCAAAAUACCAAGAAUACGUCGAGUCUACCUCUGCGCCCCUCACUGCUGUGAGCACGCUGGCAGACGACCUCCGUGCUGCGUCCAGCAACGAGGCCAAGGCCACGCACAGUCCCCUCCGCAAACUGAGAACACGUACAAAUGCGGGCACGUUUGAUACCCACAGAUCACACAGCAGCAUCGCCGGCCUUGCCAACCACGGCAAUCAUGAUCAUCACCGCAGCGAGGAGGGAGAGUCGUCGGCUGGCACGCUGCGUGGUUUCUUCAAGGGCGGCCCACGCAUUGACACUGUGCUGCGGAGCGGUGUGUCCAAGGUCAGCGACAUCUUGUGGCGUCGUGAAGGAAGUGAGCCCCUCUAUGGUGACGCUGCGGCGCCUGCUUCUGCUAGCACUGUAGGCGCUGCUGCCCACGUGUCCCAGUCCUCGUCCGAUGAUGACUCCGAGCCCGAGGCAGCACCGAGGGGCCGCUUUAGGAACUCGCCGAUCCACUCCCGGUCGCCCUCUGCCAAUGCCGAGUCAGAGCCACAGGGUGCAAACAAGUCUCACUCAACCACCAAGACCAACGAAAAACACUACCUCAAUAUCAUGCCAUCGUUUGGCCGCGGUGGCGGACAUUCCUUACACCGCCCUCCAAGCCGCCAAUCGGCGCGCUUCGAGCGCCUCAAACCGCCCCGGAUCGAUGUGAGCGAUGCCUCACCCAGUGCCGACGAUGUAGCCAACAAUGCGAAGCAGCUCGGCGAGGAACCAGCCGCAGCUCGCCGGCGCAACUCGUCCCUGCAGCCUCUGGGCCGGCAGCUACAGCAGCCAUACCGCGGCUCCCAAGACUCGGAUUACUCGGAGAGCGACACCAGAUCACGCCGUAGCAGCCGUGUUAGUGGCGCGGCAUCUUCCAUCUCGGGCAGCCUUGGCCUUGGCCUGCAGCCGCUGCCGCGCAAGUUUAGCACCGCAUCGGCUACGGGCGGGAUCAAAGGCAGUCGCCCUCGCUGGUCGCUGUCGCAGCCCGCCUACCACAGCAAGAAAAACCACGGCCCCUUGUCGCGCCGUGAGCUCGCGCGCCUGCGUGCCUCCAUGUACAGUUCGGCCGUGUUGGCCAAAGAGCUGUCUCGGCGUGCCAACGAGCCCAUGGUGCUUGUACGAUCUUGGACUGGCAAUGGGACUGGCAAUGGGAAAGCCAACGGGAAAGCCAACGGAAAUAGCAAGGCAAACGGGGGCACUCGAAGACGGUCCUCUACAGCCCUGGACGCAGCAGUGGUCGACACCAGUGCGGAUGCCGACGACGAGACCAAUAAGGAUGUCAACCGUGAGCACGACGACGACAACGACGACGAUGCCGGCUCAAUGAUCCCCAAGGGCGAUACCAGCGGCCCCAUUAUCGUGCGCGGCAGCAACGGCGAACAAUCGCUGACGUGGGCCGACAUUGCCGCCUACGGACCCACUCCGGCCGAACUGGCCCGCCGCCCCAUCAAGCAGGUCGAACUCUACCCGCUCGCCGCGCAGGUGCUCGGCAGCGCCGUGCAGCGCUCCGGCCAGUCGUGGCAGGUGUCGGCCGAGACGUUUGCCAACACCACCGUACCGCAGCUGCGCCAACGCAUCGAGCGCGUCCGCUCGCGCGUGGCGGUCGACCUCUCCGGGCUUGCCAGCCAGGCGGCCGACGAGGCCGACGAGGUCACGCGCGACCUUAUGGCGGUGCAGCGGCUGCAGGUCAAGCGUGUCGAGGACAGCAUCGACAAGAUGAUGCGGCGCCGGCGCCGGCGGUUCCGAUGGGUGCGGCGGGCCGGCUGGCUGACGGUGGAGUGGCUGUUGGUGGGCUUCAUGUGGUACGUGUGGUUUGUGGUGAUGCUGGCGCGGAUCGUGCUGGGCUUUGGCCGCGGCAUCUACACUGGUGUGCGCUGGCUGCUGUGUCUGUGA